UUUUCAAGAUAUUAUACUGUCCUCAUGGCCGAAGUUAAUACUAAUUCAGACUCGCUGCAGUACCUUCAUGGAGACCUUGAUCUGAAAAUCCUCAAAGGUCGCGGCUUCGAGAUCCCCUCAGACACUUAUGUCACGGUUUUGCUCGGUGAUAUCAACUUGGCUCGCACUCGCACCGUAGUGUACAACUCUGGAAGUCCAGAAUGGAAUGAGCACUUCCAGAUUCCCCUAGCCCACCCGGUCUUCAAACCGGAGCUCCGCUUCAACCUGCAGUACAAUGAUUACAUUAAUAACACGAAGUCGAUAGGAACCACUUCCGUCUCGGUCCAGCAAAUCGUCACCGGCGAAGCUAUCAGCCAUUGGUUCCCGUGUUCCGGUAAACAAAUGAAACCCGAUGCCGCUAUCUUCAUUGAAGUGAAAUUCACCAACUGUGAGGACACUCCGUUGUACCAGUAUGGUAUUGCCUCUGAUCCGGAUAAUUUUGGAGUCCAAGAUUGUCGCUUCCCGGUUCGGAAAGGCGGGUCUGUGACGCUGUAUCAAGACGCGCAUGUGCCAGACUCGGUGCUGCCGGAGAUUAAGUUACAAGACGGGAAGGUAUUUGAGCACGAAAAGUGUUGGGAGGAUAUGUGCCAUGCGAUAUUGGAGGCAGAAAAAGUGGUGUACAUUGUUGGGUGGUCCAUUUACCACAAGGUGAAGCUGGUGAGAGAGCCGACGAGGCCAUUGCCUAGUGCUGGGAAUUUGAAUUUGGGAGAUUUGCUCAAGCAUAAGUCGAAGCAGGGCGUUCGAGUUUUGCUCUUGCUUUGGAACGAUGUGUUUGGUAUGAUGGACACUCAUGAUGAAGAAACUCAGAAUUUUUUCAAGAACUCUUCCGUCCAAUGUAUAUUGUCAUCUCGAAGUCAGCUAAACCUUUUCAAAUAUCUAGACAGUGAACCAGGAAUUGUGACUUUGACAAGGAAAUUUAUGGCCAAUAAAUUUCUUUGUUCACAUCAUCAGAAAAGUGUGAUUGUGGAUACACAAGCGUCUGAUGAUACAAGGAAGAUAACUGCUUUUAUUGGAGGUCUAGACCUUCGUGAUGGCCGCUAUGAUACCCCUGAGCAUCGACUAUUUCGUGAUCAUUGCACUGUAUAUCAAAACGAUUAUCGUAAUCCAACACUUCCUGCAGGAGCUCACCGUCCAAGGCAACCAUGGCAUGAUUUACAUUGCAAGAUAGAAGGGCCUGCUGCAUAUGAUGUGCUCACUACUUUUGAGCAGCUUUGGGGCAAAGCUGCAAAAUGGUCGUCAGGGCUUAAGAAGUGCUGCAAAAUCAUUUUUCGUGCUUUAAUGAACUUAGACAUCCCCAUGCCGAGUUCUUCCCAAUCAAUUUCAAAUGACGACCCUAAAUUUUGGGUUUCCAAAGAAGAUGAUCCGGAAAACUGGCAUGUUCAGGUUUUCCGCUCAGUUGAUUCAGGGUGUUUGGAAAUAUUUCCUGCAACUCAGAAUUUGGUUGUAGAGAAGAGCAUUCAAUCAGCGUACAUCCAGGCAAUUAGAUCUGCCCAGCAUUUUAUAUACAUUGAGAAUCAAUUUUUUCUUGGAUCUUCAUAUGCAUGGCAAUCUGACAAAGACCCAGGUGCCAAUAAUUUAAUUCCAAUGGAGCUGGCAUUGAAGAUUGCUAGUAAGAUUAGAGCAAAGGAGAGAUUUGCAGUUUACAUUGUCAUACCAAUGUGCCCCGAAGGUACAUGGCGCAUAGUCACAGAAGAAGUGCUAUUUUGGCAGAGCCAGACAAUGCAAAUGAUGUAUGGAAUCAUAGCACGAGAGUUGAAAUCCAUGCAUCUUGAAGAUUCACGUCCCCAAGACUACCUGAAUUUCUAUUGUCUUGGUAAGCGGGAAGAACUGACCAAAGAAGUGUCAGCUCCACCUAUUCAAUCCGUCAAGAAGGUGGAGAAGGUUUUUAGUUUCUCAAAAAAAAACUUGCAGGUUUCUAACUCACAAAAGUUUCAACGGUUUAUGGUUUACGUACAUGGCAAGGGAAUGAUUGUAGAUGACGAGUACGUGAUAUUAGGUUCUGCCAAUAUUAAUGAACGAUCUUUGGAUGGUUCAAGAGACAGUGAGAUAGCCAUGGGUGCAUAUCAACCCCAUCAAACUUGGGGUAAGAGGAAGGGCCACCCACAUGGCCAGAUAUACGGAUAUAGAAUGUCUCUGUGGGCAGAACAUUUGGGGACUUUAGAUGAUUACUUCAUGGAGCCUGAAACAUUGGGUUGCAUUGAGAGUGUGAACAAGAUUGCUGAAGAAAACUGGAGGAAGUACAAGACCGAGGACUUUACGCUAUUGCAAGGGCACCUCCUUAAAUACCCCAUUAAGGUUGAUGCCAAUGGGAAGGUAGAGUGCUUGGAUGAACAAGAGACUUUCCCAGAUAUUAACGUUAAAGUACUUGGAUCUGUUGACGUUCCAACUAUUAGCGUUAAAGUGCUCGGAUCCAUUUCGGUUGACAUUGAUUUGUCUUUAUUAACUACAUAGGUACACUUCUUGUUCAUAAUUUAAUGUGCAUUAUUUAGUCAAAAUAAAAAUAAUUAAAAGUAAUAAGGUGCAUUUAAUUGGGACUUAAAAGAGGGGGCAAAAAUGGUUCCUUGACGAGCUUGAGCAACAACAGGAGCCUUGUUGAUUGAAUUUAUGCUUGCUCAUAAUUUGUUACCUGCAUUGUAAAGGAUGCAAUGCGUGUUGGAUUGUAAUAUAUGGCAUAUAUACCAUUCAAUACAUUAUUCUAAUGUUGUUUAAUUAA